AUGCCGAACAACCCAAGUAUAGCAGAACGCGACCGAAUUAUGACUUCCCCAGGGUCAAUAUUGGAGAUGGAAGAGAAGGUGCUGAAUGGGAAGAAAGUGAGGGUAUGGAAACAUCUACCUCCGACAUUCCGUCGAUUCCUUCUUCACACUCUACAUACAUACUCUGAUCGACAAUUUCUGUCCUCACCUCUGCCUAUACCCAGACGACGUCAUAGAUCACACGAGGACGCCUCAUCAUCUACACAAGCUGAUGAUCCCAGGGAGAACGUCACCUUUGGUCAAGUGCUGGAGAAGAGCUUGAGGCUAGCUGCUUGGAUGAGGAAAAGAGGUUUAGGAGUAGGUAGUAAGGUUAUGAUUGGCGGUAGGAACUGUACGGGGUUUAUUGUAUCUUUCGUAGCUACCCACCUGAUCGGUGGUGUCGCAAUAUUCUUAAAUGCCUGGUUACCUCGAGAACAGCUUAUAUGGUCAAUACGUAUGACUACGCCAUCACUUGUCCUAUUGGAUGAAGAAAGAGCAGAAAUUUUGGGACCAUAUCGAUAUGUGCGAGAGACUAAUUUACCUGAUAUGUUCUGCUGGUCCGAGUCUUCCUAUCUCCCUACAUUGAUGGACAUAUUCGAUACUCCCACGGAUGUUCACUCGAUACUGCGUGGUGAUGGCUUAGAAGGAUUAGGUCCGGAAAGCGAUGCUGUGACAUUCUUUUCUUCGGGGACAAGUGGGUUUCCAAAAGCUGUACUGAGUACACAGAGGAUGGCUCUGUCGAAUCUAUGGUCAGGGAUGGUCGCUCCCGCCAGGGCUGCAUUACGAGCAGGACUACCUAUACCUCCCCUUCCUAAAGCAACAGAUCCCCAGCGUACUCUUCUCCUUGCCAUACCCUUAUUCCACGUUACAGGAUGCUUAUCAUGGUUGAUGAGGGCUUUCUUUGCUGGAUCAAGAGUGAUCAUGAUGAGGCGGUGGAACACUGACGAGGCAGUUCGUCUCAUCGUCGAAGAAAAUGUCAGAGUCAUAGGAGGCGUUCCAGCGGUUGUUUCAUCCAUCCUUCAAUCGUCAUCGCUACCGGCCAAUCAGACGUUCGAUACUGUUUUCUAUGGCGGUGCACCUCCGAGUUCACAUAUGCCUAAAGAAGUGAAAACGAAAUGGCCCAAAGCGGGAUUAGUGCAAGGAUACGGAUUGACCGAGACCAACGCCUAUGUGUGUUCAGUAGCUGGACCAGAUUAUCUGGAUAGACCUGAUAGCACAGGUCCCCCUGUACCGAUUUGUGAUUUGAAGAUAGUCGAUCCUGUCAUGAGGAAACCUUUGCCCAGUGGUCAAAUAGGUCUACUAUUUGUGAAUGGUCCACAGGUCAUGAAAUGCUAUUUAGGAGAUGAAGUUGCAACACGUAAAGCUAUCGAUGAAGAUGGAUGGCUGGAUACCGGUGAUAUUGGUUACAUAGAUGAUGAAGGCUUCUUGUACAUAAAAGAUCGAUUGAAAGAUGUAAUAAUACGUGGAGGAGAGAAUAUUACCUCAUCAGAAGUUGAGAAUGCCAUCUACUCCCUUCCGUACAUAUCGGAAGUAGCGGCCGUGCCGCUCCCUCACGGUCGCCUAGGGGAAGUCGUCGGUGCAAUCGUCACCUUACGUCCAUCAGCUACUUCAGGCAAGACGAGGAAAAUCGACGAGCGAAGGAUAUUGAGUGAUAUCAAGGCCAGAGGGGUGUUGGCUAGGUAUGCUAUUCCUGAGAUGAUCAUGAUUUAUGAUGAUCCAUUACCUAAGAAUGUUAAUGGGAAGAUAUUGAAGAAAGAUUUGAAAUUGUUGAUACAGAAAGAAUGGGAGAAGAGAAGGAUUGAUGGAUCUACUAAACCAUCAGAGGUCAAUACAAUAAGAGCGAAAUUGUAA